AUGAAGUACUCAGCGGAGCAGCUAGAAGCGCUGCGUCAGUCGCCGCUCGUCAAGAAGCCCGACGGGUUGCCGUCCAUUCUGCAGUGGAUGGACGUACCCGCCGACCAAAGCAACACCACCACCACCACCAACAACAACAACAACAACCACGCCGCCAACAACGGCACUGCUCGCCGGACUCGAGGUGCACGAGAUGGCGAGGGAGCCCCUACUGAGCAUCGCACAGAUCGCCCCCUCAUCAACCCAAUGGGCCAGUUUGGGAGGCGUCAGAGCAUGCAACCGGGCGAGGACACGGUGCUUGGCCCGCCGAAGCUCAACUUCACAUCGGCAGCUCGAGCAGCGAAGAACGCGGGCGACAAGCAGGAGCGCACGGGCAUCAUCUCCACCGACGGCGACCAGCUCGGCGACCGCUUUCCCCGCGACAAGAACGAGCGAUGGUCACGCGAUGGCGAUCGGGACCGGAAUCGAGAGAGGGGCAUUACCAACGGCCGCCGAGGUGCACGAGAGGACGGCGAGGGUUGGACAAGCGUCAAGGGCCGUAAGAGCUUGGGCCAGGAAGACUUUGAGCGCUUCAACCGCAAUGGCGAGCGUGGUGACCGCAACGAUCGCAACGAUCGCAACCGAGAGAAGACGGAAGGUGGUCUGGAAGAUGAUGCUCCUCCGCGACGAGGCCAACGUGAACGGACAGAGCGGACAGAGCGCUGGGGUCGCCGAGAUGAGACAAAAGAAGAAGCGCCCAAAUUCGGCGUGCAGGGAGGUUGGCGCGAACGCACGCAGCAACCUCCACGUGAACAGCGUGAACGCAAUGACCGCGACUGGGAACGAGGCGGAAACAGGGCCGAGGAGGAUCCCGAGUGGAUGGACACCAAGAUUGAAAAGAAGAAGGAGCCUCAGAUGAAGACGCAGGCGGACUUUGAGCGCUGGAAAGAACAAAUGAAAGCCAAGGACACACCAGCUGAAGAGAGGUCUGCGCCAAAGGAGGUGCCCGUCGAACCUGCGACUGCCACAGGCAUUGCUGCGCCGCCCAUGUUUACGGCACCGGUGCAUACUCCAACUGCAGCCGAACCUACGCAAGGCAUUCUCUUUGGGAACUGGGGCAACGUCAAGGGCGCCGACCUGGGUCAGAACGAGUCGAUAUCCGCCAAGGCGAAGCCGGCCAAGGCCUCAAAGUUCAUGAGCAUGUUUGCGAAGUCUGAGGAGCCCGCCGCGCCGAGCCCUGCUCCUGCGCCAGUCUCUGCAUCGCCUGUACCCCACGUCAACGAAGACCAACAGGGCUUCCAACGUAUCCUGCAGAUGCUUGGUCAAGUCAAUGUCGGCGGUCCUCAGGCAGCACCACCGAAUCAGCCAUCGCCACCGAACGGUGCCAGGGGACAUGGAGGUGGUAUCUCGUUAGACUUUCAACAGUCACCCCCACCGGAAAUGCAAAACCACAGGCCUCCGCCAAAUCGCACCCUGGAACAACAAAGCAUACUCCAAAACAUUUUAGCUCCUCGACCCGGUGCACCUGAGACCAGACCCACGCAGCAAGCGCGGUUCAACAGCAUGUCUCCUGAAAACACGCUCCAGGAUCAGUUCGGACCGCCACGACCUGAGUCUGGGCGUCAAGAGGGCCCGUCGCCUUUCCAGCAGCCCCCCUCGCGAAACAACAACGCGCAAGAUGCCAACCUGGCGGCUAUCCUGAACAGCCGCGCCCGGGAAGACUCACAGCGGGACCAAGGCCAGAAGCAGCGCGAGCGUGACUUCUUACUUACGCUCAUGCAGCAGCCACGAGCUACCCCGCCGCAAAUGCUGAACCAGAACCUACCUCGCGGAGGUCCGCCCAUGGCCAUGUUUGAGAAUCUGCAACACGAGCAGCGAUCUCAUCCACAGCAGAAAGGUCGCGGCGGACUACCACCCGGCUUCAUGGAAGAUCCACGCAUGUUUAACGAGGGCGACAUGAUGCGCCGGGAAGCUGAGCGCAGAGAGCAAGAGCUUCGCCAGCAGCUGAACAUGCAGCAGCAGCAACAACAACAGCAGGAUAUGCGCAAUAAGAACCCCCGUCUGCCGAUGGGCUUCCCGGGUCAUGAGGAUCCUACACUGGGCCUCCAGCGCCGCAACACUGCUGGCGAAAUCCCCCGCCAACUGACCAAUAUGGGUAUCCCAUCACAGCAGCAUCCUGACAUGCCCUACAUGGGUGGUCGUGGCCAACCAGGAAUGCCACCAACACCCCAAGAACGACCAAACAUUGCACCGCCCCCUGGUUUUGGAGGCCCUAUGCGCCAACCGCCCGGGUUUGGUGGACCCAACCCCCAGCAGCAGAUGGGACCAGGAGGACCAAGCUUCUCAGCUGUCAACACCCCCCUUGGACCUCACCCCCCUGGUCUGCCCCAGCUUGGUGGAAGCAUGCGUGGCAUGCCACCGGGCUUUCCAGGAGGCCCAGGAGGCCCAGGAGGCCCUGGCGGCAACGGCAUGCCGGGUCCGCCGCAAGGUUACUUCCCUCCACCUGGAUAUGGACCGCCUCCGGGCAUGCGAGGUGACGAUCCUAGAAUGAUGUUUGACGGCCAAUUUGGUGGCCCUGGUCCCCGGCAGCAACAACCAGGUCGUCCGGGACCCCCGAACAUGUACUAG